UGUACUGUGGGGAAGUGAGCAUGUCUUCAUAAAUAAAUGUAAUGGUGUUCAUAAGCAACACACUUUACAAGGAGAUACGAUUACAUUAAAGGGAAGUGGAGUGAAUGAUGCUACAAAUGAUCUUUCUCUGUUUGUUUGCCCAGAUCAUGAAGAACAUUUUCCACCAGUCCUUCAACGUUUAUAAGACGGACAUAGAGCCUCGACUCAACGACGUGACGCUCCACCACAUGCAGUGCAGCCGCCGCCUCUUUGAGAUUCAGUUAUCACACAGACGCAUCAGCGCUGCCUUCAUAGAGGGGGACAACGUGGCCGUCACUGUGGAGGGGGAGGCGGCCCGCGUCCUCAACUUCGACACAGGUUGUGGAGUAAAUCUAGGUAUGCGAGGUUUGGAGUCAAUGGCGACGUUCAUUUACCGGACAGCCACCGCGGUGGACCAACAUGAUAUUCUAGAGGCGCUGUCUGCUAAGAUGCAGCACUCCAGACAGGUGGCCGAGACCUUCAAGCAGACAGGCCUGGCUCAAUCAAUGUAUGAAUGAAACACGAGGACGACCAGGUGAAUGCAUAACGGGACCUAGUGGGAAGUGGUUGUGCAUUAGUUGUGUUUACACUGAAUGUUUACAAUGAAUCAUGAGUCUGAUGCUGAAAUGGACCACCAAUGGUUACAUACUCCAUGGAGAAGAACGAGCAGGAGCUGUGAACAGAUGGAUAAUGUGUGUAAAGAUGUGACGCCUAGUCUUUGUGACAUACAUUGGGUGGAUCUAUUCAUAAAGAAUGGAGUGAGAAACUUCAAGGCCACAUUUGGUUAAAAAACAUUUGACGGUUUUCAGGUUUUCAUGUUGCAAAGCUUGUUAAUACAAACUUUAGCGGCAAGAGAUGUAAUAUGUUGAACUAUUGCAAUGAAACAAUAUACACUACAUUGAUUAUUAAUGCACUGCACGAGAUUUGAA